CAUGAGAGUUUACGAACUCUCUCUCUCUUUGACCAUUCAAUUUUCCUCUGUUUCGGAUCACCACACGACCGUUUCCUUCUUCUCUCUUCUUUUCCCAAAAACAACAACACAACCCUUCUCUCUCUCUUUGCGUCUUUUCUUGCUGCAACCAUUUUUCUAUUCCCUCUUCUUUUUCACCUUUUUCGGAUUCUUUCACCCAAGAUAUCCUUUUUCUUUUGUCAUUCUCGUUUUGCGCAAGAUUCUACCAAGUGGGUCGUUUUUGUUUUUGUUUCUUCUUUAACUUUUGUGUCACGUUUCUUCUUUUUUUUUCUUUCUCGUUGAUGGUUUGUUGAUGUCUUUGACCAUUGGAGGAGUGGUUUCGAAUUCUGAAAAAAUGGGUUUUGAUGACAAUGUUAAAAGCAAUGAAGAAGAUACCUCUAAGGUUGAAGAAAGUGGUGAUGAAGAAGGAGGUACUCUUAGCAGAUACAUGAGUGAGAGUUCUGUUGCUGCAACUGAAGAUGAAGAUGAUGAUGAUGAUAGGAAGAUUGAAUUGGGUCCUCAAUGCACCUUAAAGGAACAACUUGAAAAGGAUAAGGAUGAUGAGAGCUUGAGGAGGUGGAAGGAGCAGCUUCUUGGAAGUGUUGACAUCAAUGCUGUUGGAGAAACUCUGGAGCCAGAAGUGAAGAUCCUUAGCCUUGCCAUCAAAGCUGCUGGUAGACCUGAUAUUGUUCUUCCAGUACCAGAAGAUGGAAAUCCAAAGGGUUUAUGGUUUACUUUGAAAGAAGGUAGCCGUUACAGGUUGAUGUUCACUUUCCAAGUCAAUCAUAACAUUGUUUCAGGUCUCAAAUACACCAACACUGUGUGGAAAACUGGUAUCAAAGUUGAUAGCUGUAAAGAAAUGAUUGGAACAUUCAGCCCUCAAACUGAGACUUAUGCUCAUGAGAUGCCUGAAGAGACAACACCAUCUGGAUUAUUUGCUAGAGGGGCAUAUACAGCUAAAAGUAAGUUUGUUGAUGAUGAUAACAAGUGCUACUUGGAGAUCAACUACACUUUUGAUAUCAGAAAGGACUGGCUGUAGGAGGGAGUACUCAGCUGAUGAAUUUGAGUACAUUGAUGUGAUCUAUGUUUAAUCCCUAAUCAUUGUUAUUUGUGCUGAAUUCUCCUUCAGUGUUUACUUGCUUAUUUUUCAUUGUUUAUUGUAUUUAUUUCUAAUCCUGUCCGAGACCAGUAUAAUCUUAACAAUGAUGAGAGGAUUUUGAGUUGAGGGAUAUAUGAAAUUGGUGGUAUUCAUUUCAUAGAUAA